AUGGAGAUCAUCAGAAACAGCAGUAAGAACAUCAAGGGAAAUUUUUCUGGAUACCUGAGAGAUGGGAUCUCAAAUAUAGGAGAAAUCCUGGAUAUCUAUCGUGAACGUUUGUGUGCCUCUGGAGACGUGGCAGAUCUUGAGCUGCAGAAUAGGAACCUGACUACACAACUGCGCAAAGUUACUCGUGAGCAGGAACUUCAGAAGAAGGAAUACUCCAUUCUCCGUAAAGAGAACGAGGAUCUCCGCAAAGACAUAGAAAUGCUCCGUAGAGAAAUGGAAAGUUUGAGAGACGGUUCGAACACGAGAGGAUCUCCUUCAAGGGCUUCUGAAGUUAAAUCUGCCGAUGUUCGCAGGACAAACUCUGGGGAACCUUUAACUCGCGUCGAGGACUUUCCUCCUCUCCCACAGAGAAAACCUCGAGUUAUCUCCUCGGAAAUAUUACGAGAUAGAACCGUUAAGCUGCGCAAAUAUCCUACCAGUGCCUCGGGAUCGGAAACGGAUGCAAUUGGGGCUCCCAACUUACAUAAGAAGAGAUCUCCUUCCGGUGGAAACAGGAGAACGGACAGAGAGACUAAUGUUGUCUACCCGGAUGAGGAUACCGAUUCGCACCACAUGCUGGAACACAUGAAUCAACAGAUCCAGCAACUGGUGGCCAACAUGGAGGUACUUCGUGCCAGGUUCGGUUCGAAAUCGGAGGAACCUCCGAAGAAGAAGAGGACAAAGAAAACAUCUUUUAGGAACGACACGGAAACCUCCGGUGUCUCGGAUGGAGAACUUAUUGGUCCACAGACUCCUUCACAGCCUGUUGAAGAAACGAUUCGGAAGGAGGGAUCUCGACGUGGGGUCUUCAGAGACACCCCUCGUUCGACCGUUCGCUCGCGUAGACCGCCUAAAACCGCUGCGGUGUCUAUAACAAGCCUUAAGGACGACGUCAGCUAUGCUGACAUCCUGAAAAAGGCCCGCGACAAUAUAAAUCUAGAUUCUCUUGGAAUUGAGACCUCCAAGAUUAGACGUGGCAUCAAUGGAGGGAUUAUAAUUGAGAUCCCGGGUGCUGAUGGCACUACUAAGGCUGACUCACUCGUGGGCAAACUCAGGGAGGUCCUCGAUAUUAACAAUAUCCGCAUCACUCGCCCGACUACCAUGGGAGAACUGCGAAUUUGGAGUUUUGAUGACUCCAUUUCGCCAACAGAGAUUAUGAACGAAGUCUCUGUGGUGGGUGACUGCGACGAGCACCUUGUCAAACUAGGCAGCAUUCGAAAAAUGAACAAUGGACUCAAUUCUGUUUGGGUGAAAUGCCCCCUGUCCGCAGCCAUCAAAAUUUCGGCAUCAAACAAAGUCAAAAUCGGUUGGACCAUUGCCCGAGUGGAGCUACUGGAGGCUAGGCCUGUUCAAUGCUUCAAGUGUUGGCGCUAUGGCCAUGUUCGCACUACGUGCAAUUUCCCGGAAGAUCGAACGGGCGCUUGCUUCAGGUGCGGCGAACGCGGUCAUCAAAUUGGUGAUUGCAAAGAGGAUCCCCGUUGUGUUAUUUGCAGGGAGGCCGGAAGACCCAGCGACCACCGGCUGGGCUCACUUAACAUUUGCACGAGCGUUGAGCCGAUUCGGGGAAGACGUGGGGGACCCGUAUCCAGCGGUCGAGCGGCGGCUCAGAGAUAA